UCCACGUUGAGUGAGUGUGUUGUGAGCAUCUUUUUGGGCAUUUUAGUUUAUAGAUCGCAUCAAAAUGAGUAUUGAGCGUAGAUCUUGCACGGGCUCAGCCCCCCAUGUGACGAAGAGGUUAUGUGCAACAUUAAUGUUCUUUAUUGGAAUCGUGUGUAUAUUUGGAGGCUAUUUAUUGGGACGGAUGGCGCGAAAUGAGGUGAAGAGGACCAAUGACAUAAUAUCCAUCAAUCUAACAAUCGCAGCGGACAAUUUGUACAAAAAAGCUAAAAGAAUACCUCCUAAGGCCGUACAUCACAAUGAUCCAGAUAAAUUAACUGCCAAAUUGUUGGACGUUUUCCAUUGCAGUGUGCAAGAGUGUGGCGUGAUAACGAAUUACAAUGUUGCUGAUUUCAUAAAAAUAACAAUUAAUAAUGAAGUCACUAAAUUCAUAAAAUCGAUUAAUAAUGCAUCACAAUACAUAGAUUCGUUAAGGUGACAUUUGUAAAUUAUAAAUAGGCUUAUUAUAAUAAUGUAUAAGUAGAUAGUAUAAGGUAUUUUAAGUAUUUUUAAACUUAAUAAUAGUUUAUAUUAUAGUCAUGAUGGUUUUUAUUACCAUAAACAUUAAUAAAAAACUUCAUGAAACGAUAAUCAUGUCAAUAUAUA